CCUCCUACGCCCUUCCAUAUUUCUUUCAUGUUUGCCUCCAUGACACUCGACGCGGAUUGCACUUCCCCGGUUGCUCCUUCCAACAUCGCCCGGAACAUCUCGCGCAUGGAAUCUUCACUCCACGUCGCCUUCAGGCAAUCAUCGUUUCCAGAACUUCGAAACUCAACUUGACAACGCUCAAUUCCCCGCAUCUCUGUGCCGGCAACAUGAAGCUUAUCAACACCCACUCUCUUCAGCUAGAGGAGUUCCUUGACGCCUCAAUCCCCAAAUACGCGAUUCUCUCGUAUACGUGGGAGAAAGAAGAGGUUCUCUCUCCGACAUGACCGAUCUUGAUACGGCGCGCCGCAAGGCAGGCUUCGCCAAAGUCCAGGGCGCAUGCACUCUGGCAGCCAGUUAGGGCUACGCCUACAUGUGGAUUGACACGUGCUGCAUCGACAAGUCCAGCAGCGCCGAGCUAUCUGAGGCCAUCAACUCCAUGUACCGGUGGUAUGUACGAUCGCGGGCCUGCUACGCCUACCUAUCUGAUGUCACGGACGUCGAACACCUGGGCAACAGCAGAUGGUUCACUCGCGGCUGGACCCUGCAGGAGCUCAUUGCCCCGCAUAACGUCGAGUUCUACGGCUCCGGCUGGGAGUACUUGGGCAAAAAGAGUGAUCCAAGUCUUCGCUCGAUACUGUCCCAGGCAAGCCCGGUAGACGAGUGCGUCCUUGAUGACAAGGCCUUCAUCCGCCUCCAACAGGAGAUCGUCAGGACCACGGACGAUCAAUCCAUACUUGCCUGGUACUGUUACGAGGAUUCUGACACUGCUAGUAUCUGCCCCUCGGAAUCGUGUUUGGCCCCAUCCCCAAGAUGCUUCGCUAUGUCCGGCGAAAUAUCACUGUUUCGUCCCGAACCACCUCGUGGUACACUCGUCCCGUCCAUAUACGUUAAUGGUCGACAUGUCGAAGUCUCCGCCGUCAUAACUAGCUCGAAAAGCGAUACCAACAAGAUUAAGUCCCAGAUCUUGUCCGAAAUUGAAGUCAUUCUUAACUGCCAGAUUGGACCGGUCACGUGGACCUUCGCAACGCUGCGGUUGUGGAAGUCAAAUGAAAUGUCAGGCUCUCGUGCCUUAGACCAAGGCAUCGUGACACGGCGGACUCUGUAUCGCCCAGAACGCUUGUUCGGUCAUAGCUGCGUCGAGGUUGACGAUUUGGAUCUGACUUGGUAUUGGAAUCAACCUCACCACAACAGCUAUGAACUCGACAUCUUGCCGAAAGCGGCGGAUCAUGAUGCACGUCGGUUCAGCGUACAGCGUGUGACGAUUCAGGGUACCGGGUUCAAAACGCGUAGUACUAGGCAUCUCAGCAACGGGUCUUGGCUAUACUGUGAUGAGUUGCUCAAUGCGUGGUUGAUGCCCUUGAGUCGCAACGCCGCGGAGAUCACUGUCUCUCAAUGGUUCGGGUUGUGGCCUGCGCAAUGGCCACGCCGGCCGGAGCUCACGUCUUCAGUUCCACUGAUCUACGGGGCGAUACGUGUGAAUCUCCUACGCACGGGCAGCGACGUCAACUCUAGACACGCAAAUCUCGGAACGGCUAUUGUUAUCUUUGGGUUGGUGCUAGGGCCAGGGGCUCAUUGGAGCUUAUUACAAGACCCAUGGUGCUCCCUCUUCAAGGAUGACGGAGUUUCUAGUUUGGAGCACUAUCUCGCCUCUGAGAUGACGCUCGACGAGGCGCGGCGAGAUGCAUCUCUCGAAAUCGGACCCGAGACUGUACUGAAAGCCUUCAUCGUGCCAGUAAAGGUCAGUGGCCACGAAUACGGUUUGAUCAGGUUAUGGGUCGACAAGUAG